AUGGCAUGUGUUUAUCAAGCAUCACUCUUAUUACUCUUCACCAUUGUCUCCUUCUUCAUAGUUACUGAAUCCUUAAAAAAAUCUAACCGAAUAGCUAUGAAGCUGAUACACCGUGAAUCUAUUCCCCAUCUCCACCAAAAGGCUCAAGUUCUUCCUCUCACUCCACAAGACCGUAUCAAACACCUGACAGAUAUUUCAUCAGCUCGGUUUAUGCAUCUACGGAACUCAAUUGAUCAUAGAGAGCUAAGCAACAGUGAUUUCCAAGUAAACGUGCAACAAGCGAUCAAGACAUCGAUGUUUUUCGUGAACUUCUCGAUAGGACAGCCUCCAAUACCACAGUUCACAAUCAUGGACACAGGAAGCUCACUUUUGUGGAUCAAAUGUCUUCCCUGCAAACAUUCCUCUUCCACUCAUCAUCCUACCUUCAACCCAGCAUUGUCCUCAACAUAUGCAGAGUGUUCUUGUAGCGAUCCAUUUUGCAAGUAUGCACCAAACACACAAUGCAGCGCAAACAGGUGCCUCUACGAUCAAGUGUACAUAAACGGAGGCGGCUCAAAAGGCGUUCUUGCUAAAGAACAGUUAACGUUCACAACACCAAACGGAAACACUGUCCUGACCCGACCCGUUCCUUUUGGGUGUGGCCAUGAGAACGGAGAGCAAUCUGAGAGUGACUUCACUGGUAUUUUGGGUUUAGGAGCUCAACCAACAUCACUUGCGGUCCAACUCGGGUCUAAAUUUUCAUACUGCAUCGGUGACUUAACUAACAGAAACUACGGUUACAAUCAGCUGGUUCUUGGAGAGGACGCAGACAUUCUCGGCGAUCCAACACCGAUCAAGAUAGAGAACGGUAUCUACUACAUGAAUCUUGAAGGGAUUAGUGUUGGAGCAAAACAGCUUAAUAUCGAACCAGUGUUGUUCAGCAGGAGAGGGCCAAGAACAGGAGUGAUACUCGACUCAGGAACACUCUACACUUGGCUAGCAGAAGCAGCGUACAGAGAGCUACACAACGAAGUAAAAUCGAUUCUUGACACGCAGCUGGAGAGAUUCUGGUUUAGGGACAUGUUGUGUUACCAUGGGAGAGUGAGCGAGGAGCUUAUAGGCUUCCCUGUGGUGACGUUUCGUUUCUCCGGAGGAGCAGAGCUGGCUAUGGAGGCAAGCAGCAUGUUUUAUACGAUGCUGGAAUCGGAAAACGUGUUUUGUAUGGCGGUGAGGCCAACCACGGUACAUGGAGUAGGGUAUAGAGAUUUCACAGCUAUUGGACUAAUGGCUCAACAAUACUAUAACAUUGCUUAUGACCUCAAAGAGAGAAACGUUUAUCUCCAGAGAAUCGACUGCGUUUUGCUCGAUGACUAUUCUCAAUCGUGA